CCAACCAGUGACCUCUCUCCUCUCUACUAUUUUUUGCUCUCCACUAUUCUCUUUUGAUUUGAUUCUCCUCUAAUAAUUAACUUAACUCAAAUCUCUCUCUCUCUCUCUCUCUCUCUCUCUGUUGAUGGUGACGGAGAUGAGCUCAUAUUGGGAGCCAUGGCAAUCUCUGAACAAGAAGAGCAAUCACAUCUUGGUGAAGCUCUUCAUCUCUGUUCUCUUUGUGGGUCUCUUGUUUCGCCUCUUCUUCGCUCGUUCUUCCCCUUACCUGGAAUUUUCAGAGCCCCCAACCGUCGCCACAAUCUUCGAUUCUCACAAAGGUAACCCACAGGCAGAAAAGUCAAAUGCCUCAGAUGCUGUGAUUCCUCAAAUACCAUUAGAUAUCAAUGGGCGGGAUUCAGGGAAAGAGACUUGUGAUUUGUUUUCUGGUAAGUGGAUCCAAGAUCCUAGAGGACCUUCUUACACCAAUACAAGCUGUCCAUUCAUUGAAGGUCAACAGAACUGUAUGAAGAAUGGGCGGCUUGAUACAGAGUACCAAUAUUGGAGAUGGAAACCACAUGGCUGUGACAUACAACCAUUUGAUGCCAAGAGAUUUCUAAGAGCCAUGCGGGACAAAUCAUGGGCAUUUAUUGGUGAUUCGAUUCUUCGUAACCAUGGCCAGUCAUUGGUGUGCCUUAUCUCUCAGGAAGAGUUGCCCAUUGAGGUCUACCAUGACGAAGAUUUUAAAUCCAGAACUUGGCACUUCCCCUCGUACAACUUCAACCUCUCAGUAAUCUGGUCUCCUUUCCUCGUCAAAGCUGAUAUAUUUGAGGAUGAUGAUGGCGUAUCUAAAUCUGAAAUCCAGCUUCAUCUCAAUGUCCUCAACAGUAAAUGGACAAAAGAUUACCAUACUUAUGACUAUGUCAUGAUUUCAGUUGGACAGUGGUUUCUCAAAACAGCAGUUUAUUGGGAGAACAAUAAAAUUGUUGGUUGCCACUACUGCCCUCGGUUGAACCUAACAGAGCGUGGCUUUGAUUAUGCCUACCAUAACGUCCUUCACUCAGUUUUUCGAUUUAUAACCAAAUCCAGUCACAAGCCCCUCGUUUUCUACAGGACAUGGACACCUGACCACUUUGAGUAUGGGGAGUGGUCUACUGGCGGAAUUUGCAAUAGAACACAACCAUACAAAGAGGGGGACUAUAAUGGUAAAGAUGUGGAUCAUAUAAUGUAUGAGAUUGAAUUAGAGGAAUUCCACAAGGCAAUAGGAAAUGUAACUGAGAAUGCGAAACAUGUGAAGUUGUUGGAUACUUAUCAUCUUUCCUUGUUGAGACCAGAUGGGCACCCGGGACCUUAUCGAAGCUUUCACCCAUUUGAAAAGGAUAAGAAUGCCAAAGUCCAGAAUGAUUGCCUGCAUUGGUGCUUGCCUGGGCCGAUAGAUUCUUGGAAUGAUUUGCUCAUGAGAAUGGUCGUCAAAUAUUGAGAUUUGACAUAUGGGUUUUCAGCCUACACAAGAUUCUUUCUGAGAGCCAGAAGAUGCUGAUAAGAGUUUUAGAUUGGCGCUGCACGUGAUGGUUCUCAUCUGAUUUGGCUUGUAUUUUCGUGUAAAUUGCUGGGUUAGAUGUGAGAUUUUGUACUGCAUUUUUCAUGUAGUCUCAGCUAAUGGGAUCUCUGUAGCCCUUAUGUUACACUCCUGCUGUAUCUUAAAUGUAAAAUUUUCACCAUUCCUUCUUUA